AUGGGUCUAUGUUCAACUUAUUGUUGUAAGAAAGAUGAUACAAAAAUAGUCGAAAAGUAAAUAAUAACUGAGGUUAACCUUGCCUUAACAACAGAAGAUCAAAAAGUAACUGAGAUACAAGAGAAAAUAACUUCAAUUAUUAAAAUAUAAGCUCAUUACAGAGGUCAUUCUGUUAGGAAAAAAAUGAAGAAAACAGCUAAGACAUAAUAAAAAAAGGAAAGUUAGCUUUCUAAUAGAAUUUGCAUUCUCGAAGCACUAAAAGCGGAGGAUUAAUUAAGAAUUUAAGAAACUGAAAAAAGAUAAGAACCCAUAUAAUUGUCUGAAAUAGAAAUGGUUGAUGGAAGCAAGUACGAAGGAUAGUGGAUGAAAGGAUAAAGAUGGGGGUUUGGAAGGCAUAAAUGGGCUGAUGGUUCCGUUUAUGUAGGAGAGUGGAAGCAUAAUUUAGCUUGGGGAAGAGGUAAACUCAUCCAUGCAGACGGAGAUGAAUAUGAGGGAGAGUGGCAAAGAGAUUAAGCAGAUGGUUUUGGUAUAUAUAUUCACUCAAAUGGGGCUCGCUAUGAAGGUUAAUGGAAAGAUGAUUAACAGAACGGGAAAGGAGCAGAAAUUUGGAAAGAUGGAUCUAAAUACAACGGGGAGUAUAAGGGAGGAAAAAAGCAUGGAUAUGGACAUAUAUAUUUUGCAGAUGGAUCAUCAUACGUUGGUUAAUUUUUUGAAAAUUAGAUACACGGAGAAGGUGAAUAUGUUUGGUUCGAUGGAAAAUCUUAUAAUGGCCAAUGGAAGAAUAAUAAAAUGGAUGGAAAGGGUACUAUGAUUUGGGCAGAUGGUAAAAAAUACGAAGGAGAAUAUUCAAAUGAUCAAAAGCAUGGAUUUGGUAAUUUCUAUUGGGAGGAUGGACGUUUCUACUCAGGAUAAUGGCUGAAUGGAAAAUAGAAUGGAGAAGGCGAAUACACUGCAGCCACAGGUGAAAAUAGAAAAGGGUAAUGGGAACAAGGAAAAAGAAUAAAAUGGUUAUGA